AAAAUAAUGAAAUCCUUAAUCUUGAUUGCCUUGAUUGCUGUAGCUUUUACAGUCAGAGUUUAAGAGAGAAACAUGGCUAAAGUGUAAGCAGAUUUAGCUAAAAGUACAUAUGGAAAAGCAUUACUUCAUUUGGUUGAAUUACACUCAAUGGCUGGUGGACCAGUUCAAGAGUUAAUUGAUGCUAUUGAAGAAUUGAUCAAUGACUUAGAAGAAGAAUUAGAAACAUUAGAAUUUAAUUUCUAAGUGAGAACUAAUGAACAUAAUGCACUUGUUGUCUCACUUGAAUAAGACAUCCAAGAUGCAGUUAUUGGUAUUUAAAAAAUGUAUUUUUAGAUGUUAAUAAUACAUAAGACACACUUGAUAAUUUAUUAUAUCCAAGAAGAGCUUAAAUCUAAAGCAAAAUUGAUACCGUUAUUGGAUAUUAAGAAGAAAACAGAAAGAACUAUGAUGAAGCAGUCUUAGUCAGAGAAUAAGAGCAUGAAGCAUUUGAAGCUUAAGUUGCAGAAUUAAAUGAUGCAACUGCCUCUGUUGAUGAUGCACUUUCACUUCUUGCUUCAUUGACUAAUCCAUCAUUGUUAUAAAUCAAAAGAUUUUAAAAUACAUUGAAAAACAUUGAAAAUAAAUUGAGAUCAAGAUCUAGAAUGGCACCAAUGAUCAAAGCUCUUAUUGCUUUAGCUUCCAAUUAAAACUUUUCAAAUUAAGAUGUCUUAAAAUCUAUUGUUGAUGCUCUCAAUGAUUUCAGAAAUGCUGUUGUUGAUUAAAUCAAUGAUUUAACCGCUUAAGAAGCUUAAGAUGUUUUAGAUAAUGAAGCUUAUCUUGAAUAAUUAGAUUCUGAAUAUUCAGAAUUCGGAAGACAAAUUGAUAGAGCUACUGUAGAUUUGACUGCUACCAAUGGUAAUUUAUUUAUUAUUAUUUUUAGAAAAAAUUGACUCUAUGGUUGAAUUCAGAGAUUAAAGAGCAGCUGAUCAAAAAUAAUACACUGCUGAAUUAGAAUUAGAAAACAACACUUAUGCUGAAGAAACUGAUAUUUAUACCAACACAAAAAAUGAAUUUACCAGAGAAUUAGGUGUCAGUGAAUAAGCUUUAGCUCUUGUUUAAAGUGUUGAUUUCUCAAACAUCUAGGUUUGAUAUUAAUAAAUAAAUAAAUCAAUUAUUAUUACAAAC